UCGGCGCUGCGGCUGCUGCCGGCGGCCUGGGCCGCGGUGCUGGCAGGAGCGGGCGAGCCUAGCACGCCGUGCAGUGCGCCGGCUGUCCGGGAGAUGGCUUCUCCCCGCUCGCCCGCCGCUCGCGCUAUUGUCUCACCCGGGGCCGCCUGACUGACUGCGAGCUCGUGCACGCUCCCCGCAGACAGCACCGGGCCCCGGACCGACCCCCCACACCCGUCGAUUGCCCGUGCGUCCCCUGCAGCGGGGAUCCCAGAGUCGUUGCGGGGCGGGCGAGGGGAGCGGGCGGUACUGCACAGCACGCGGGGACCGGAGCCUCCUGGAGCCUCAGAGCGAGCCGGGGCGUGGGAGCCCAAGUCGCCCAACCACGACAGUCAGGGUGUCGCGGCGGAACCCGCGGCCAGCGCAGGUAGGACGAGUACUCGGAGGUCCCAUGACAACAUGUACCAGCCAUACAGGCCUGACACUGGCAGGAAGUAGAAGGCUUCGUUGUCUCUUGUGCCCGCACCCUCAUCAUGUCUUCUACUCAGGGCAAUGGGGAACACUGGAAGUCCCUGGAGUCCGUGGGCAUCAGCCGCAAAGAACUGGCUAUGGCUGAAGCCCUGCAGAUGGAGUACGAUGCUCUUUCUCGGCUCCGCCAUCACAAGGAGGAGAACAGGGCUAAGCAGAACACAGAGCCCUCUCUUAUCAGCUGGGAUGAGCCCGCCUUGGACUUCUACAGCAAGCCAGCAGGCAGGCGGACAGACCUCAAGCUCUUGCGUGGUCUUUCUGGCUCUGACCCUACCCUGAAUUACAACUCCAUUGCCCCACAAGAAGAACCCCCCAACUCUACCUCCCAAGAUCCCCAGCCCGGCCCAGAUCCCUGGCCCAAGGGCUCCCUGCCUGGAGACUAUCUCUAUAUUUUUGAUGGCUCAGAUGGGAGUCUCUCUUUGACUUCAGAAUCAGGUGACACAGGUGGCUCAAGCAAGAAACUAUCCCCACCUCCUCUGCCUCCUCGGGUCUCUAUCUGGGAUGCCCCUCCCUUGCCUCCCAGGAAGGGGUCCCCCUCACCCUCCAAGAUUGCUCAGUCCACUGACAUCAACAGUUUUGCUUUGGUGGAACAGCCACCUGACAAACUGUUAGGGCCCCAGGACGCAGAAGAGGAAGAGCUACCUGAUGGUGGGGGACAGCGACACAGGCUGGGCUCUGUGGACUAUGAUGGCAUCAAUGAUGCAAUCACAAGGCUCAACUUGAAGUCAACGUAUGACUCAGAGAUAUUGUCUGAUGCCACCAGGGGCUGGAAGGAGGGCCGGGGCCCCCUGGACUUCAACAAAGACACCUCUGGAAAACCCGUGGCCCGGAGCAAGACGAUGCCCCCUCAGGUGCCACCCCGAACCUAUACUUCCCGAUAUGCCAACCGAAAAAAUGUGACACCUGGCAAGAACCGCCGGAUUUCUGCUGCUCCGGUGGGCUCCCGGCCCCACACCACCGCCAAUGGCCACGAACUGUUUGAGGUCUCAGAGGAGAGAGAUGAGGAAGUUGCUGCGUUUUGCCACAUGCUGGAUAUCCUUCGGACAGGCUCUGAUAUCCAGGACUAUUCCCUAACUGGAUAUGUCUGGAGCACUGUCACCCCGAGUCCAGAGCAUCUUGGGGAUGAGGUCAACCUGAAGGUGACUGUGUUGUGUGAGAGUCUUCGGGAGCCGCUCACUUUUACCUGCAACUGUUCCUCCACUGUGGACUUGCUCAUCUACCAGACCCUCUGCUACACCCAUGAUGAACUGAAGGAAGUGGACGUGGGGGACUUUGUGCUCAAGCCCUGCGGGCUGGAGGAAUUCCUGCAAAAUAAGCAUGCCUUGGGCAGCCAUGAAUAUAUCCAAUAUUGCCGCAAGUUUGACAUCAACAUCCGACUGCAGCUGAUGGAGCAGAAGGCCAUGCGGAGUGACCUGGCCCGGACGGUGAACGACGAUCAGAGCCCUUCCACCUUGAACUACCUCAUCCAUCUCCAAGAGAGACCAGUCAAGCAGACCAUCAGCAGGCAGGCCUUGAGUCUUCUGUUUGACACGUACCAUAACGAGGUGGACGCCUUCCUGCUGGCUGAUGGGGAUUUCCCACUGAAGGCGGACAGGGUAGUCCAGUCUGUCAAGGCCAUCUGCAAUGCCCUGGCCGCCGUGGAGACUCCUGAGAUCACCAGCGCUCUCAACCAGCUGCCUCCCUGCCCCUCACGCAUGCAGCCAAAGAUCCAGAAGGAUCCCAGCGUGCUGGCUGUGAGGGAAAACCGAGAGAAGGUGGUAGAAGCCUUGACAGCAGCCAUCUUGGACUUGGUGGAGCUGUACUGCAAUACAUUCAAUGCAGACUUCCAGACCGCCAUGCCCGGGAGUCGGAAGCAUGAUUUGGUUCAAGAGGCCUGUCAUUUCCCUGGGGCCCUGGCCUUCACUGUCUAUGCCACUCAUCGCAUUCCCAUCAUCUGGGCCACCAGCUAUGAAGAGUUCUACCUCUCCUGUUCCCUCAGCCAUGGAGGCAAGGAACUGUGCAGCCCCCUGCAGACCCGACGGGCUCACUUCUCCAAGUACCUGUUCCAUCUCAUCAUCUGGGACCAGCAGAUCUGUUUUCCAGUGCAGGUGAACAGGCUGCCUCGGGAGACCCUGCUGUGUGCUACACUCUAUGCCCUGCCCAUCCCCCCUCCUGGAAGUUCCUCGGAAGCCAAUAAGCAGAGGCGGGUGCCCGAAGCCCUAGGCUGGGUCACUACCCCUCUCUUCAACUUCAGGCAAGUCUUGACCUGUGGCCGGAAGCUUCUGGGCUUGUGGCCAGCAACACAGGAAAACUCCAGUGCCCGUUGGAGUGCACCUAAUUUCCACCAGCCAGACAGUGUCAUCCUGCAGAUUGACUUCCCCACCUCGGCCUUUGACAUCAAGUUCACCAGCCCCCCUGGAGACAAAUUCAGCCCCCGCUAUGAGUUUGGCAGCCUCCGGGAGGAGGACCAACGCAAGCUUAAAGACAUCACGCAGAAGGAGUCCCUAUACUGGCUCACGGAUGCUGACAGGAAGCACCUGUGGGAAAAGCGCUAUUACUGCCACUCGGAGGUGAGCUCACUGCCCCUGGUGCUCGCCAGUGCGCCCAGCUGGGAGUGGGCUUGCCUGCCCGACAUCUAUGCUCUCCUGAAGCAGUGGCCACACAUGAACCACCAGGAUGCCCUGGGGCUCCUUCAUGCCACCUUUCCCGACCAGGAGGUGCGGCGGAUGGCGGUGCAGUGGAUCGGCUCCCUCUCGGAUGCGGAGCUGCUGGACUACCUGCCCCAGCUAGUACAGGCCCUGAAGUAUGAGUGCUACCUGGACAGCCCCUUGGUGCGCUUUCUCCUGAAGCGAGCCAUCUCGGACCUGAGAGUGACCCACUACUUCUUCUGGUUACUGAAGGAUAGCCUCAAGGACUCUCAGUUCAGCAUCCGCUACCAGUACCUGCUGGCAGCCUUGCUGUGCUGCUGUGGCAAGGGACUGAGGGAGGAGUUUAACCGCCAGUGCUGGCUUGUCAAUACCCUGGCCAAACUGGCCCAGCAGGUCCGAGAGGCCACCCCAUCUGCACGCCAGGGCAUCCUUCGCUCGGGCUUGGAGGAGGUGAAGCAGUUCUUUGCCCUCAACGGUUCGUGCCGCCUGCCGCUAAGCCCCAGUCUACUGGUGAAGGGCAUUGUGCCCAGGGACUGUUCCUACUUCAAUUCUAACGCAGUCCCCCUCAAGCUCGCCUUCCAAAAUGUGGAUCCCCUGGGUGAGAACAUCCGUGUCAUCUUCAAGUGCGGGGAUGACCUUCGCCAGGACAUGCUCACCCUGCAGAUGAUCCGCAUCAUGAGCAAGAUCUGGGUGCAGGAGGGGCUGGAUAUGCGCAUGGUCAUUUUCCGCUGCUUCUCCACUGGCCGAGGGAGAGGGAUGGUGGAGGUGAUACCCAACGCGGAGACGCUGCGCAAGAUCCAGGUGGAACACGGGGUGACCGGCUCCUUCAAGGACCGUCCCCUGGCUGACUGGCUGCAGAAACACAACCCCGGGGAGGACGAAUAUGAAAAGGCUGUGGAGAACUUCAUCUACUCCUGCGCUGGCUGCUGUGUGGCUACAUACAUCUUGGGCAUCUGUGACAGACACAAUGACAACAUCAUGCUGAAGACCACCGGGCACAUGUUCCACAUAGAUUUCGGCCGCUUCCUGGGCCACGCGCAGAUGUUUGGCAAUAUCAAGAGGGACCGUGCCCCCUUUGUGUUCACCUCGGACAUGGCGUACGUCAUCAACGGGGGUGACAAGCCUUCCAGCCGCUUCCAUGAUUUUGUUGACCUUUGCUGCCAAGCCUACAACCUCAUUCGCAAGCACACCCACCUCUUCCUCAACCUUCUGGGCCUGAUGCUGUCCUGUGGAAUCCCAGAGCUCUCCGACCUGGAGGACCUCAAGUAUGUGUAUGAUGCCCUGAGGCCUCAGGACACAGAGGCCAACGCCACCACCUACUUCACAAGAUUGAUUGAGUCCAGCCUGGGUAGCGUCGCCACGAAACUCAACUUUUUCAUUCACAACCUGGCUCAGAUGAAAUUCACAGGCUCAGAUGACCGGCUAACCCUUUCCUUUGCACCCCGAACACACACUCUCAAGAGCUCUGGGCGCAUCACUGAUGUCUUCCUCUGCCGUCACGAGAAGAUCUUCCACCCCAGCAAGGGCUAUAUUUAUGUGGUGAAGGUGAUGCGGGAGAACGCUCAUGAGGCAACGUACAUCCAGAGGACGUUUGAGGAGUUCCAGGAACUGCACAACAAGCUGCGCCUGCUCUUCCCAUCUUCUCUCCUGCCCAGCUUCCCUAGUCGCUUUGUGAUUGGCCGCUCCCGGGGAGAGGCAGUGGCCGAGCGGCGGAGGGAGGAGCUAAAUGGCUACAUCUGGCACUUGAUUCACGCAGCCCCGGAGGUGGCUGAGUGUGAUCUGGUAUAUACCUUCUUCCACCCCCUGCCCCGGGAUGAGAAGGCUUCAGGCCCCAGCUCAGUUCCAAAGUCUUCAGAUGGGACUUGGGCCCGGCCCGUUGGGAAGGUCGGUGGGGAAGUGAAGCUAUCCAUCUCCUAUAAAAACAACAAACUCUUCAUCAUGGUGAUGCAUAUUCGGGGCUUGCAGCCGCUCCAGGAUGGGAAUGACCCUGACCCCUAUGUAAAGAUUUAUCUCCUUCCUGACCCUCAGAAGACCACGAAGAGGAAAACCAAAGUGGCUCGGAAAACCUGCAACCCUACCUACAAUGAGAUGUUGGUGUAUGAUGGGAUCCCCAAGGGAGACCUACAGCAGCGGGAGCUCCAGCUGAGCGUGCUAAGUGAGCAAGGAUUUUGGGAGAACGUGCUCCUUGGGGAGCCCUCUGCGGGUCCUGGUGAAUACACUGGGGUGCUCCUAUGCCCCAACUUGUUUGAUGGGACAGAAUGCUGCCGACCCUCAGCUCCAGGCCACGCCUGUAGAGGGCAGGUGCGUUGUGGCCACUUGCUGCAUAGUUCCUGGAAUAUGUUCCUGAGACCUACUACUACUUUCCCUCCCAAACCUGUUUCUCUCACACUUCAAAAGGGAUUUCAUUGUGUAGGGCCACAAAGCUGUUUAGCAUGUAGACAGAGGGUACCCUGUCCACAGCUAAGGGGGCUGGGAAGAAUGAAGACCGGUCAAUGCCGUUGUUCUUUCUGGCUAUCUUCCUGGCCAGAAGGCAAUUGGCCUGGAGCAGCAUACUCUUGGAAAACAAACAGUGGCUGGAGAGAUGGCUCAGCGGUUAAGAGCACUGGCUGCUCUUCCAGAGGACCUGGGUUCAAUUCCCAGCACCCACAGGGCAGCUCACAACUGACUGUAGCUCCAGUUCCAGGGGACCUGACACACUCACACAGACAUACAUACAGGUGAAACACCAAUGCACAUGAAAUAAAAUAAAUUACUUAAAAAAGAAAAAGAAAACAAAAGAUUAUUUCAACACAUCCUUCUUAUAUGGUGCUAGGGAUCGAACCCAGGGCCCUUUGAGUGCUGAGCAAGCACUCGACCCCCAAGCUGCAUCCCCAGCCUCGUACCCUUAUUCUGUACCAGAUGAAUUUAAAAUCCACUUGAGUUUCUCUCCAAGGAGUUUUCACUAUUUAAAAAGAGAGGGAUUGGGACAAUUCACCGUUUUUGUUUUUUUGAGACAAGGUCUCACUGUGUAGACUAGGUUGGCUUGAACUCAUAGAGAUCUGCCUGCCCCUGCCUCUGUAGGGCUGGGAUUAAAGGCGAUUAACUUCUUAAGCAGGAGUUAGCUGAUGAGAGAGAAGGGCUAGCAAGGCUGCCAUGACCGGUUUCUCUGGGACCCUAUUACUGGAGAGUGAAAAGCUCCAUUCACUGAAGCCGCAUGGAAGCAAGAAAGGUUCUGUUUGUCUUGUUUAUGAGCAAGGGUAUCAUAUAGCCCAGGUUGGCCUCACACUUCUAUGGAGAUGAAGAUAACCUUGAUCUACUUGCCUUCAACCACCCAGGUGCUAGAUGACAGGCAUGAGCCACCACGUCCGUUCAUUUUUUUUUCCUUAAUUAGAAUUGCGAGGUCAGUGGGUAAGAGCACUUCCUCACUAAUUAGGAAUGCCAGGCCAGUGAGAUGGCUCAGCGAAUGGGGCAUUUGCCUCGUCAAUUUAAAUUUGAUCACUGAGACCUUCAAGAUGGUUGGAGAAAACCAACUUCCACAAGGUUGUUCUUUGGCUUCCAGAUACAUCACACAUCAUGUCCACCUCUCUCUCAUAAACACAUAAAUAAGGUAAUUUAAAAAUCUGGCUGCGAAAGGCGGGAGACUGGAGAGGGAAAGCAGUGGAACCUUCCAGGUGUUUGGACCAUAGAUGAGCUACUGGCUUUUUGCCUGUAGCUCUUUUUAUUCUGACCCUUUAUGCCCCUGACUUAAAGAGGUCUAUGUACUGUACCCACUUCCCAUGUCCCCUGUAUCUUCUACUUUCUCUGGAGUUGUAUUUUCUAAUAAAUGACAUUUGAGAAA